AUGAGGGUGAAUAGUGUGGCCGACAAUAGGGCGCUUUUACAGGUCCUUUCUCUCUCAGAGAGUGCCCCGCGGACUCCUGCUGAUAUUCUCGCCAGCGCAAUUGCAGGCGGACUUGUUAGGGUCUUCGCGGAUGAGAAGAAACGAUAUAUAGACGCGGCACUGCUUCCUUCUUCUCUUGACCUCACGACCUUGGCUACGUUCAUUGCCGAAGGAUUUUUUGCGCCGUUUCUUAGCUCGGCGCUAGGCGAUCAUCUGUCGCGGUACACGGUCCUGACAGAGUCUGGUUGCUUUGAGCCGUUGUCUCUGCCGGUGAUUUUGUUUCCGGACUGUUUUUCGCCGCCGCCCCCCUGGCCAGACGUCGUACUUGCCAGCAACUCAUCUUCUGAUGGCCUUUCCGGGGCGUCUGCGUCCGCAUUCCCGGCGGAGGUGGCUGACGUCCUGCAGCUUCACCAGCACCGUUCUCAAGUGGGACUGUUACUUUUGAAAAGCGUGAAUGGUGUUUUGCGAGAUGCGGAGGUGUGGAAAUUGAAGAUCACCAGGGAGAAGUCGGCGACAAGAAACUCUGAACUGGCUGCGAUCAAUGCUGUGGUGGCGCUCUUCUAUGAGGUGAAGAUGCUGCUGCUCUGCUGCAUUGUGAGUUCCCAGAGGGCGUACGCGGUGGAGGCGGAGCCGCGCGCCAAGGACCCCAAUUAUGCACAGUAUUGCUUCGCUGAACUCCUUCCGCGGGAAGAGCUCUGCAGGAUCUUCGACCACCGGAGCCGGCCCUCCGCAGAGGAUGUGGCGAAGUGGUACGACGCCAGGAUGCAAACGCUGAUUGGCGAGGUGCCUGUGAAGGAAAGUGAGAUGCAAAAGUAUAUUAAUGAGCUGCAGCGAGCAUUGAUGGAGGAUGCGCGGCGAAUAGCGGGGGCCCCGACGUCUCUUCUGCAUCGCCCACACGAUGCGGCGAGCACGACGCUCAUUCACCUCCCGUGUGUUCACUCCGAACUUCCAAGUCUCAGCAUACAACCCGGUGAGAUGACGCUCCUGUUGUUUGACCCUACACCCGAGUCCCUGUUAUUUGAUGCAGAGCCGUCUAAGCUGUGCCUCCUCCUCCGCCGCUGCGCGUGCAUGAGGCUGACGGUGCCGCAGCUGCGAGAUGCGGAAAUGCUACUGGCGAGCACCCCUUGGAGUCAGCUUCGCGAUGUCGUCGUGGAGUCCGUGCAAUACCAUCUCUCUAACGAUGAAUUCGUGUCGCUCGUUCUCGAGAAGAAUAGUUCCUUUCUAGUGAUGCUGGUGCAGUGGCUGAGAGAGAUCCCCACCGCUGUCGACGACAACGCGACCGCUGCGGGUUUGAGUGAGGCAAGACAGCAAGCGGCCUUGGGGGCGUCCAUGGCAGACCACAUCAUUGAAUACGUCAUGUACUCCUCCCCCUUUUGGACCUGCCAGCGCACAGUUCAUUCGUGGGUUGGUGGGCUGCGCUGCGCUGGGCGAGGCACUGUUCCACGCAUGGCUGGAUCGCUCGCUAGCUGA